GAAAUCGUUGACAUUGUGUCCAAUUCUAUCAAAAGCGCGACACUCGCUGUCAUUGAUUCGCAGACUAAUAGCCACACGAAUAGUCCGUUUCGACGACCGGUUGACGAAAUCGACAAAAACCAAUCCUCUCAACAAAAUACCACUCCUUUCGAUGAAAACAAUACAAAGCCUAUGAGAGGGAGUAGUGUUGAGAGGGAUGUGAGUAAACCUCCGGUUCCGAUGCGGAAGACUAUAGACGGCCAACAGAACAACAAAACCAGUAACUUAUCUGAUGUGGAAAUUUCAACAACAGAGAUGUGUCCAUCACUUGAGAUCGGGUGUCGAAGAACCCAAAUAACACUUCAAGUCAUUGACAUUGGACUCAACGAGUUUGCAACGAAUGGUCGGUCGACCCAAACAUUUAUGGGCUUCAUAUCGAUGACAACCGCCGAAGGAGUAACUCUUCACUUUGAGCUCAUCCAGAAUGGGAGGAAUGGGUCUAAUGAUGACAUUCAU